AUGGAUACGAAAACUGUAACUAAGAACGAUUCAACCUGGUUAUUGAGUGUUUCUAUCAUGAAAAAGUUAUUAAUUUUAGUAAUGUUUUUAUGUCUCAUACUUCAGAUCUUGAUGGUGGACAUAACGUCGGGGAGCAACAUUAAUGCUCGUGACGACGAACAAGUAUUACCACAAUCGAAGUUAACAGAAUCACUAAUACAGGAGCAAAUUCAUUCUGUCCCUGAGGAUUGUGUGACGACAGGAGAAUGUACCUAUAAAUUCGGAGAAUGCGAACCUUGUAGGCCACUUGAGGACUUGGCAGAGGAAUAUUGUAAAGAACAUGGAAACAAACAGGAGAUUAUUUGUCAAUGGAAUGAUACAUCAAAAAAUGAUACUCGUUUUUUUCGAGCUUGUCGACGAGUCAUAAGACUUGAAAGAGCAAAAUAUUUUGAAUUCCAGUUUGUUAAUAUAUUCAUUGCAUGUAUAUCUUGUGCUAUUCUGUUUUAUCGAAGGCAAAAACUCACAGCAGAUGGAUAUAGAAGGUUAGCCAGGCGUAUCGGUG